CUCUGCCGUCCGUGAGCAGCGUGAGCGGGGCGGGCCCGGCGGCUCUUAAAGGGGGCACGGCCCGGGGUGGGGCCCUCUCGGCGCGGAAUGGAGGCCGGAGCGGCGCAGGAGCCCGGGGCUCGCCCCCCGGCCCCGGAGUCCGUGCGGCGGCAGAAGCGCCGGGAGCUGGACGCGCGGCGCUCCAAGUGCCGCAUCCGCAUCGGGGGGCACCUGGAGCGCUGGUGCCGCCUCAAGGAGCAGCUCGGCUUCGCCCUGCACUCACAGCUGGCCCAGUUCCUCCUCGACAGGUACAGCUCGCACGGCUGCACCUGGAACACAGGAGAGCCGGAGCGGCUCCAGCCGGCUGCCCUGCAGCGCCUGGUGGUGCUGUCCCACGGCCACAGCCAGGAGUGUGGCUUUGUGCCCGACAUCCAGCUGCCAGCAGCUGGCAGCACGGCAGCCCCGCUGGUCUGGGAGUGUGUGGCCGGCCACCGCUUCUCCUGGGGUGGCUCUGUGGUCCCCAAGAGCCCCUCCUGUGACCCAGCCCAGGGGUGCGCCCCCUCCCCGGGCGCUGGGCACCGGCGUUCGCUCCGCAGGGCCGCGCUGGGCUCCAAGGAGGCUGGAGAGGAGGGAACAGCCAGGUCACCCCGUGAUGAUGGGGAUCGGGGCCAGGAGAUGGGAGAUGGUGAUGAUGGUGGCACAGCCCCUCAGGUGUCACUGGAACCAGGGCCUGUGGCAGCAGCUGGCGAGAGGUUGUUGUCCAGCAGCUCCAACCAAGGGGACGAUGCAGAGCCGGGAGCUGAGGCCCGAGAGGAAGAGGAGGAAGAGGAGGAGGAUGAAGACUUUGCCAAGGGUGAUGACCUGACCUACAUGGAUGACCUGCGUGAUGAGAACUAUCACCCAUCCCUGGACAGCGAGUCAGAGCCACAGCGACGCCAGGGCCAGCCCAGGGCUCGCAGGAAGCCCAUCAAGGAGGAGCAGCCCCUGCCCAGACCUGGACCCUUGGAGGAGAAAAGUGGACGGGUCAGGCAGCCACGGGCGAGUGACAAGGACGUGGCUCAGAUCGGCCCCAAGAGGAUCAGGAAGGCAGCAAAGCGCGAGAUCCUCCUGUGUGACUUUGAAGGCUGUGGAAAAAUCUUCUCCAACCGCCAGUACCUGAAUCAUCACCAGAAGUACCAGCACGUGCACCAGAAAACCUUCACCUGCUCUGAGCCCACCUGUGGGAAAUCCUUCAACUUCAAGAAACACCUGAAGGAACACGAGAAGCUGCACAGUGACAAGCGGGAUUACAUCUGUGAGUUCUGCGCACGUUCCUUCCGCACCAGCAGCAAUUUGAUCAUCCACCGACGGAUCCACACCGGGGAGAAGCCCCUCCAGUGUGAGAUCUGCGGCUUCACCUGCCGCCAGAAAGCCUCCCUGAACUGGCACAUGAAGAAACAUGACGCCGACUCCUUCUACCAAUUCCCCUGCGACGUUUGUGGCAAGAGGUUUGAGAAACGGGACAACGUCACCGCCCACAAGAGCAAGAGCCACCCCGGGGGGCUCCCCCAGCCCGAGGGGACCCAGCAGCAGCUCCCGGAGCCCCCCGGGCCCGUGGAGGCCCUGGAGCUGCUGGGGGCUGUGCUGGGGACUGGGGGGGACACAGGGAGGGCCCCACUGGAGUUUGGGGUGGGGGGUGUUGGGGGGGAUCCACCCCAAGGGCAGGGGAGGGGUGAGGGGGAGUCCUAGAGGGCUCAUCCCCCCCCCCCAGUUUGGGGGCUGGAGCAAAAUCUGGGAUGAUGCUGGACCCUCCAGGUGCCAAAAAUACAUGGGACAGGCAAAAUCCCAGUUUUUCAGCCAAAUCCUAGAUGAAAUCCCAGUUUUCCAGCCAAAUCCUAGACGAAAUCCCAAGUUUUCAGCCAAAUCCCUUUUUUUUUGCCAAAUCCCAGUUUCCCUCGAGCCCAGCAUUAUUGCCACAAGUGGAUCCUCAAUAAAGACUUAUUUUGGGUAAAAGUGGGAUUUGGUGCCAUAUUUUUAUGGAAAAAAAAGAUAGAAAAAUUUGGGCGAUUUGGACACAGGCAAAUG